AUGCGCCUGGCAAUGUGGAGGAAUGGGGCGGGUGAUUGGGAGAGGAAGGGGGAAGAGGCUCCUGGGUGGCGGGCGGGUGAUGCGGGGCAAAGGCCGGGUUUGGCUUGGUUCGGCCGGCUGCCUUGGCCACGGUCAUCCCUGCCCGUGGGCUGGUUUCUGUACCCCAGCGCCGGUGCUGUGGCUCCCCCUGGGGCUCUGCCUUGCCCCCGGGCCUUGGUCUCUGCGCCUCUCCGCUGUGUCCUCGGGGUGGGUCCGGGCCGGGGUCUGCGCCGCAGCGCGGUGGCAGACCCCUCUGCUCGUCUCCAAGGUGGUCUGGGCCCGCACCACGUGGGCCCGCGCCGCUCUCCCGCCGGCGCUUCGAGCCUCUCCCUGGGCCGGAGCGAACGCCUUCCCAGCGCCCGGGGCCGCCCUGCGCCGAGCUGCGGCCUCGCCCCCUCGGCCCUGGGCGGGACCUCACGUUUGCGGGGACGCGGACCCGGGCGCCUCGCGAGUCCGCGCCGCGAGACCAAGCAGCCGCCGGUUCCGGCGCCGCAGCCCCUUCCCCCAAACACCGUCCAAGCCCCGCCCCCGGGCCCGUGCCCACCCGGAGCCCCGCCCCCGCAGCCCCUCCCGGCACCGCAUCCCGGCCCGCGGCCCCGCCGGAAGCGGAAGUGA